AUGGAAUGAAGCCAACACUUUGGACGCGUUCAAUGAGAAAGUACAGCACUGGGUGCUGGAACGCAGGAAGGAUGAACGGGGGCUCCUGGGACCGAAGCUCCUGGGCGCCAUGGACGAGGACAGUCAACAGUGGCAGGAGGCAAAGAAGAUUCCCAUCGAUGUUCUGACCAAGGACGACGGUGCAACAGAAUUAGUCGAGAAGCUGAAG